ACGUGUUUGUUCGAAGCAUUGGCAAAUUUUACCUAAAAGUUCGAAAAAGACUGCGCAAAUUGCUCACGCAAACUUAAACUUGAAAAGUUAUGAAAAGUGAUCUUAUUGUUGUUUGAGUGUGUUUAUUUCGUUCAGUGUAUAAUAUGCUCAACAAGAAGCUACAAAUCGUCGCCAGACAUGUGCUCAAGCAGAGCUUGGGCCACAAGGCGCUGCGCUGGCUCUCCACAUCGAGCCCUGCCUACAGCAGCUACAUACAUCACAUAGGCAAGGAGCCCCUUGCCUAUCGCAAUGUGGGUCAACAGCUCGAGCUGGCCGCCUCGCAGUUUGGCAGUACGGAGGCGCUGGUGUCGUGUCACGAGGACAAGCGAUAUACGUACCGCAGCCUGAUAGCCGAGGUGGAUCGGUUGGCAGCAUCACUGCGAAAGCUGGGCCUAAACAAAGGCGAUGCCGUGGGCAUCUGGGCGCCCAACUAUGUACAAUGGUAUCUGGGCAUGAUGGGGGCAGCGCGAGCAGGCCUCAUCUCGGUGGGCAUUAAUCCUGCCUACCAGGCUCCCGAAGUCGCAUACUGUCUGAACAAAGUGGACAUCAAGGCCAUUAUUGCGCCCGAGACAUUCAGGACGCAAAAUUACUAUGAGAUCUUGCGCAACAUCUGCCCGGAGCUGGCCGACUCGGAGCCGGGCAAGAUCAAAAGCGAAAAAUUCCCACAUCUGCGCGCGGUUAUUAUUAAUAGCACACAGAGCCUGAAGGGCGCGCUGCGCUUCGACGAUGUGCUAGGCUUCAGCAAUGCCGAUGAGCAGGCGGAGAUUAGCAAACUGCAACGCCUAAUUCUUCCCGAAAGUCCUUGCAAUGUCCAGUUCACAUCCGGCACUACCGGCAAUCCCAAGGCGGCGGUGCUCUCGCACCACAACUUUGUCAACAAUGGCAUCCACGUGGGCAAGCGCAACGAGAUAGCCGGCGAACGAAUCUGUGUUCAGGUGCCACUGUUCCAUGCCUUUGGCGUAGUCAUCACCAUCAUGGCGUCCAUGGCCACGGGCGCCACUAUUGUCCUGCCAGCAGCCGGCUUCAGUCCCGAGGACUCGUUGAAGGCGAUCAUCAAGGAGAAGUGCACUGUGAUACACGGCACACCCACAAUGUAUGUGGAUCUGGUUGCUAUGCAGCGAAAGCUGCAGAUGCCACUGGGCAAGAUUAAGAAGGCGAUCACAGGCGGUGCCACCGUCUCGCCGCAACUCAUCCUGGAUGUGAAGAACGUCCUGGGCGUGGAGGCCAUGCACAGUGUCUACGGCCUGACCGAGUCAACGGCUGUCAUCUUUCAGUCGCAGCCCGGUGAGGAGGGCAAUCGAGUGCUCGACUAUGUGGGCCAUCUCACUGACCACGUGGAGGCCAAGGUCAUCGAUGAGCAGGGCUGCCUGGUGCCCCUGGGCCAGCCGGGUGAGCUGUGCGUGCGCGGCUACAUAACCAUGCUGGGCUAUCACGGCGACGAGGCGAAAACGAAGGAAAUACUCGGAGCCGACAAUUGGCUUCACACGGGCGAUCAAUUUGUGCUCGAGAAAGAUGGCUAUGGUCGCAUCGUGGGCCGUCUCAAGGACAUGGUUAUACGAGGCGGUGAGAACAUAUUCCCCAAAGAGGUUGAAGACUUUUUGAACACCCACCCACAGGUGGUCGAGGCUCAUGUAAUUGGCGUUCCCGACGAGCGUCUGGGCGAAGAACUGUGCGCCUUUGUACGCCUCGAAAAUGACGUCGAUCCCAAGUCGUUCACCAAUGCGACUGUGCGCGCCUACGCCAAGGGCAAACUGGCGCACUUCAAGGUGCCCCACUAUGUGGUGCCCGUCGAUUCAUUCCCCAAGACCACCUCCGGCAAAAUACAAAAGUUCAAGCUAUUGAAGCAAUUCGAGGAGACUUUCCCACAGAAGAAGGAUCAGACACAGGCUGUUCGAGUUUAAAUAUUACUAGUUCUGGUUCUCGUUUAACUCAUAGAGCAAUAAAGAUUUUCAAUUGAAGGUAAAC